CCUUCAUUUUUUAAGAAUGAAGAUGUUAGUAGUUUUCAUUGUGAUACGUGUGAAAUUGCUAAACAUCAUAGACUAUCAUUUCCAUUGAGUAAUACAAGAUCUACUAGACCUUUCUCUUUGAUACAUACUGAUAUUUGGGGGCCUUGUAGAGUUUCUAGUAUUUCUGGAGCAAAAUGGUUUGUCACAUUCAUUGAUGAUUGUACUAGAACUACGUGGUUAUUUCUUAUGAAAGAAAAAUCAGAAGUAAGCAGUAUUUUUCCAAUGUUUCAUAAAAUGAUUUGUACACAAUUCGGAAGUUUGAUUAAAAAAGUAAGAUCUGACAAUGCAAGAGACUAUUUUAAUCAAAUUCUCUCAUCUUUUUUCCAAAAAGAGGGUAUAAUACAUGAGUCAUCUUGUGUAGACACAACCCAACAAAAUGGGAUUGCUGAACAGAAAAAUAGAUAUUUACUCAAUGUGACUCGAGCAGUUUUGUUUCAACAUAAAGUUCCAAAAACCUUUUGGGGGGAGGCUGUUUUAACGGCUGCACAUUUGAUGAAUAGAGUACCUUUCAAAGUGCUAAAUAAUCAGAGUCCCAUUGCUGCUCUUUCUGUUUUUUACCCUGAUUUUAAUGUCUCUUGCACAUUGUCACCAAAAGUGUUUGGUUGUGUUGCUUUUGUACAUAUUCAUGCACACCAAAGAGGAAAACUUGAUCCAAGAGCUUUAAAAUGUAUUUUUGUGGGAUACUCAAAUACAAAGAAAGGAUACAAGUGUUAUCAUCUACCUUCAAAAAAUUUUUUUACCUCCAUAGAUGUCACAUUUGUUGAAAAUGAACCUUACUCUCAAAGUAACAAUCCUCAUCUCCAGGGGGGGAGUUCUUGGGAAGAAAAGGAAUUUCUCCUUGAUUUUCAAAGUCCUACACUAAACUUGAAGUCUUUCAAACCUGACCAUACACCAAAUUCCAAAGGAGAACAUGCUAGCAGUGAACCUAAACCUGAAUUUGAAGUUGAACAUGCCAAUAAAGAAAUUGAACCUGAUCUUGGAGCUGAGAGAAAAACUGGUUUAAAUCCAACUACACCACUCAAGGUCUACUCAAGGAAGAAAGUUCAUAUUUCUUGUUGAAUAUAUCUAGAUAUGUGUGAUAUAUUAUACAUCAAUUAUAGGGAUUAGAUAGCCUGAUUAUUAGCCUGAUUAUCCUAGUUUAAUUAUAGGAAGUAGAUAGCUAAUUAUUCUAGCUUAAUUUUAGGAUCUUGAUAGCUUGAUUUUAGGAUCUAGAUUAUUUCAAUCUUGUAUAUAUAUGUCAGUUGUACUACUCACAAGAGGGGUGAAGAAAUGUUAUCCCAAAAUAUCUUCCUCUCUUGCUUCUUCUCUUUCAUGGUAUCAGAGCAAGUGAGAAAAAGAAAUUCGUUUUCUAAUCAUCCCACCCGGUGAUUUUACCAGGUGAUUUUCUUUAACCCAAUAUCAUUAUGUCUACAUCCGAUACAUCUAUAACAUCUACAUCUAAAUCCACAACUCCUCUCAUGGCCAAUCCAUCUAUUACUGGUUCUACUAUUAUUACUACCGAAAAACUAAAAGGCAGUAACUACUCUACUUGGGCUGCUGACGUUGAGCUAUGGUUUAUGGGACAAGGAUAUAGAGAUCAUCUUGCUACUAAACCUGAUGAUACUAUGACUGAUCCAUCCAAGUGGGAGCGAAUCGAUGCUCAAUUGUGUAGCAUGCUUUGGCAGACCAUUGAUUCUUCACUAAAGCAAAUUUUUUCGUCCACAUAAGACUUGCUUUAGUGUUUGGGAGCAGGCCAAAGCAUUAUACACUAAUGAUAUAUCUCAUGUUUAUGCCGUUUGUUCUGAUUUGAUGAGUCUCAUUGCACCUCGAAAACUUGAUAUGCCUAUGAGUUCUUACUUAGGCAGAAUUCAAGGGGUCCUUUCCGAUUUCAAUGAGUUGCUACCCCCUGCUGCAACUCAGCAGGAACAACUCUCUCAGCAAGGUACAUUUUUUAUGCUUUUGGCUCUCUUUGGAUUACCUGCAAAAUAUUCCACCAUUCGUGAUCAGAUUCUUGCUAGCCCCACAAUUCCUACUUUGUCUCAAGCUUUUUCAUGGCUGUUACGGCUCCCGGAUGAAUCAAAAUCAUCUUCGGAGACUAUCGUUGUUGAUUCAUCAGCUUUGGCAUCUCAAUCCAACCAAAGAGGAGGUCGUGGACGUGGCCGUGGUCGAGGUGGUUAUAAUGGUAACAAAAAUCGACCCUACUGUGACUAUUGUAAAAAGGUUGGCCACACAGAAGAUCGGUGUUGGCUCUUGCAUGGACGUCCUCCCCAACAAGUGGCGAAUAUUGUUCAAUCCGAACCUUGCGCAAGUUCAGAACCAACUUUCAAGCCCGAGUAUGAAGAUUUUGUGAAAUGGUUUACAGCCAAACAGUCUUCCACACCUACUGCCUCAGUUGUACACACUAGUAAUGUUAGCGCAUGUGUCUCUCAAUCUCCAUCUCUUGGCCCAUGGGUUUUAGAUUCUGCUGCCACAGAUCAUAUUUCUGGAUCGAGGUACGGGGCGGACGAUUGGCACAGGGCGUGAGUCUCAGGGACUUUAC